UUGAACCUGGGUCUCCCUCAUUGCAGGCAGAUUCUUUACUGUCUUAACCACCAGGGAGCUGAAAUGAUGUUUCUAUUAUCUGACUUUGGCUCCUGCAUCCAGUACCCAAAAUCGCAUUCAUUAUCCCCUCAGGUAAAUGUCCUCCUUCUCUCUUCCCUGUUUCUAUUAGUAGAAUUCGUGUUCUGCGGUCAUUCUGGCUUAAAACCUCGGUAUCAUCUUUGAUACCUCCUUUUCUUCCCCCAUAACCAGAUACAAACCAGUUGUAUCACUUAUAAAUUCUCUGUUAAUCAUUCCACAUUAACUCAGCAAAGAUUUGACUUUAUGCUCUGUGCUAGGUAUGGCUCCAUGUUGUGUGUGACAGUUCCUGUCUUUCUGCAUUUACUGCUGCAAUUCAGGAUUUCAGUUGACAUCACGAAAGCCAAGGUGGAUUUCUCCAGUGUCGUGUGCCUGCCCCCUUCCGUCAUUGCUGUGAAUGGGCUGGACGGAGGAGGGGCCGGCGAGAACGACGAUGAGCCCGUCCUGGUGUCCCUGUCCGCGGCUCCCAGCCCCCAGAGCGAGGCUGUUGCUAAUGAGCUGCAGGAGCUCUCCUUGCAGCCCGAGCUGACCCUGGGCCUCCACCCCGCCAGAAAUCCCAGUUUGCCUCCACUCAGCGAGCGGAAGAAUGUGCUGCAGUUGAAGCUCCAGCAGCGCCGGACGAGGGAGGAGCUGGUGAGCCAAGGGAUCAUGCCGCCUUUGAAAAGUCCAGCUGCAUUUCAUGAGCAGAGGAGGAGCUUGGAGCGGGCCAGGACAGAGGACUACCUGAAACGGAAGAUCCGUUCCCGGCCGGAGAGAUCGGAGCUGGUCAGAAUGCACAUUUUGGAAGAGACCUCGGCCGAGCCAUCCCUCCAGGCCAAGCAACUGAAGCUGAAGAGAGCCAGGCUGGCAGAUGACCUCAACGAGAAGAUUGCGCAGAGGCCUGGCCCCAUGGAGCUGGUGGAGAAGAAUAUCCUGCCCGUGGAGUCCAGCCUGAAGGAGGCCAUCAUUGUGGGCCAGGUGAACUACCCGAAGGUAGCAGACAGCUCUUCCUUCGACGAGGACAGCAGCGACGCCUUGUCCCCCGAGCAGCCUGCCAGCCAUGAGUCCCAGGGCUCAGCACCGUCGCCCCUGGAAGCCCGAGUCAGCGAGCCGCCGCCCGGCGCCACCUCUGUGCCCUCCGCUCAGGUUGUGUCUCAGCUCCCCGUGGGCCCGGAGUCCGGAGAAACACUCUUCCUGGCAGAGCAGCCUCCUCUGCCUCCCAGCCUCACCAACGGAACCGCGGUCCCCGCUGCCAAGCCCCUCCCCACCCUCAUCAAGCAAAGCCAACCCAAGUCUGCCGGUGAGAAGUCGCAGCGCAGCAAGAAGGCCAAGGAGCUGAAGCCAAAGGUGAAGAAGCUCAAGUACCACCAGUACAUCCCCCCGGACCAAAAGCAGGACAAGGGGGCGCCCCCUAUGGACUCCUCCUAUGCCAAGAUCCUGCAGCAGCAGCAGCUCUUCCUGCAGCUGCAGAUCCUCAACCAGCAGCAGCAGCAGCAGCAGCAGCACUACAACUACCAGACCAUCCUGCCCGCACCGCCCAAGCCGGCAGGGGAGGCUCUGGGCAGCGCUGGGGGCCCCCCGACGCGCAGCCUUUCCACUACCAACAGCAGCUCCGGCUCGGGUGCCCCUGGGCCCAGUGGGCUGGUCCGACAAAACAGCACCUCGCUGACUGGCAAGCCGGGGGCCCUGCCCGCCAACCUGGACGACAUGAAGGUGGCAGAGCUGAAGCAGGAGCUGAAGUUGCGGUCACUGCCCGUCUCAGGCACCAAGACAGACCUGAUUGAACGCCUGCGUGCCUACCAGGAGCAGGUCACCCCUGCCAGCCCUGGAGCGCCCAAGACCCCCGCUGCCUCUCUCCUGCCCAAGGCGGGUGAGGUGGUGGUCGCCUUCCCCACUGCCCGGCUCAGCACGGGGCCCGCCCUGGUGGCAGCGGGCCUGGCCCCGGCCGAGGUGGUGGUGGCCACGGUGACCAGCAACGGUGUGGUGAAGUUCGGCAGCACGGGCUCCACGCCCCCUGUGUCUCCCACCCCCUCAGAGCGGUCGCUGCUCAGCACAGGCGACGAGAACUCCACACCGGGGGACAGCUUUGGCGAGAUGGUGACGUCCCCGGUGACCCAGCUCACCCUGCAGGCCUCGCCGCUGCAGGUUCUCGUGAAGGAGGAGGGCCCCCGCCCCGGGACCUGCUGCCGGAGCCCAGGGGGGCGGACCGAGCUGGAGGGCCGGGACAAGGACCAGAUGCUGCAGGAGAAGGACAAGCAGAUUUGGGCCGAGCCUGAGCCGGCCCCGGCCCUGGUCACUCUGGGCCCCUCAGUGAAGCAGGAAAACAGCUUUACCAGCUGUCAGCUGAGCCGGCCGCCCCCAGGCCCCGAGCUCCCCUUCAGUCCCGGCCUUGCAGCCCCGGCCGCCCCCCACACAGACGCGUGUGCCCUGGCGCCCCCGGUCGUGGUGGUGAAGCAGGAAGCCGUGCCGCCUGAGCCCGAGCCGGCCCCGGCACCCCAGCUGCUGCUGGGCCCACCGGGCCCCAGCCUCGUCAAGGGGGUCACACCGCCCCCCCUCCUCACUGACUCCGCAGGGACCCAUCUUGUCCUCACCGUGACCAAGAAGAGCACAGACAGCCCUGGCCGGGCCGGCGGGAGCCCCCAGCAGCCCCUGUCCCAGCCUGAGUCUCCGGCUCCCGGCCCCCCAGCCCACAUGGACCUGGAGCCCCCACCCCAGCCCCUUUUUGGGACCCCCGCUUCUCAGCCGAAGAAGGAGCCGCCUGGCUAUGAGGAAGCCCUGAGCCAGCAGCCCAGGCCACAGGAAAAUGGUUCCUCAAGCCAGCAGAUGGAUGAUCUGUUUGACAUUCUGAUUCAGAGUGGAGAGAUCUCAGCGGAUUUCAAGGAGCCAGGGAAAGAGAAGGCGCCCCCGACAGCAGCCUGUGGCUCGCCCCUGGCCGCCCAGCCCUCACCUGCAGCCGAGCUCCCUCAGGCUGCCCCACCGCCGUCGGGCUCGCCGGCCCUGCCCGGGCGCCUGGAGGACUUCCUGGAGAGCAGCACAGGGCUGCCCCUGCUGACUGGCGGGCACGAGGGGCCGGAGCCCCUCUCCCUCAUUGACGACCUCCACAGCCAGAUGCUGAGCAGCUCCGCCAUCCUGGACCACCCCCCAUCCCCCAUGGACACCUCGGAAUUGCACUUUGCGCCUGAGCCCAGCGGCGUGGGCCUGGACUUGGCCGACGGGCACCUGGACAGCAUGGACUGGCUGGAGCUGUCAUCAGGCGGGCCAGUGCUCGGCCUGGCCCCGCUCAGCACCACGGCCCCCAGCCUCUUCUCCACGGACUUCCUCGACGGCCAUGACUUGCAGCUGCACUGGGACUCCUGCUUGUAGCUCCGGAGGGUGGGAGGGCUAGAGGCCCCAAGAACUCCAGGGUGCCGGCACUUUCCAGCCCCAUCCCGCCCCUUUGUGAGGCCGGAAGUCCUGACAAUCACAGGCUCUGCCCCGUGGAGGCCAGAGCAGGCAUUCCCACGCCUGCCUCGGGCUCACCCAGGAGGCGGUGCCGGGUCCCACCCUGGGCUUGGGGAGACCUGCACGGGCCAGGCUUCUAUUUGACCUCCUUCUGUGAGGUCGGGGUGCACUUGCCGGCUGCAGUCUGCUCAGGAGGCGAGGCCCGGGGCUGAGGCAGAGCCAGGGCCAGCGUGUCCUCCUCUCUCCCCUUCCCCGAGGGAGGGACGGGCUGGGCCUCUACCUCACCAUCCUCGCGACGCCAACACCAGGGUCCCAGGCUUCCCCGGGGGGGCUCCCUGCAUCUUAGUGUCUUGGUGCAGUGCAGCCAUGUAGUGGUUGGUGGCAAACAUUUUCUGUACAGGUGUACAUACCUCUAUUCUAUAUCGCCAUACAUAUAUACACAUAUAUCUCCGGGGGGGGGGUGGAGUGGAUAUGGCCACCCCCGCCUUCUGCACACAGAAGGGCCUGAAGACCACCGCUCCCAGGGCUGGACACGGCUUACCGCGGUCCCGCCCAUCACUUGUGUUUGACGUGUAGCCACCUCUCCACAGCCUGUGCCCCACCCUCCUGCUUCCUGCUCCUUAUCAGUGCCACGAGGGCGGGGUGCUUCCUGCCCACAUUCCGUCUGCUGCCUCACUGCAGCCGCCACGGCCCGGGGACAGCGGGGGAGCCCUCAGGCUCUGGCUGCUAACUCCUGCCCGUCACGGUCAUCACAGGGGACGAGGGGUGGAGUCACCAAAACCAGAGGUGGGACAGCUGUGUGAACUUUUUAAAAUAAAAACAAACACCUCUUGCUGGUC